AUGCUCGCUCUACUUACGAGCCACCAUAUUUUCAUCUGAGGCGGGCGCUGUGGGGUCUGUUGGAUUCCCAUCUCACUUCUUUCCUCCACUUAUAGAUCUCUUUGUCAACAAAGGCAGCGUGAAAGGACACUGAGACCUACACAGCUCACAUUUUACGCGGAAACCAUUAGCUGUCUAAAGCUGACUGAAGAGUAUCUGGACAUGACGUCACAUCACAUCACAUGUAAGCUCUCAGGCCACGAGCAAAGAUGCGCACUUGACAUGACGCGAAAUACGACAUCUGAGAAUCACAGCAGAGACUUACAGCACAGAAAGUCCUCAAAACCAAUAAUGGAGAAAAGGAGACGUGCACGGAUAAACGACAGUCUUACACAACUGAAGUCGCUUAUUUUGGACGCACUGAAUAAAGAGACAUCUAAGCACUCCAAACUGGACAAAGCAGAUAUUCUUGAAAUAACAGUGAAGCACUUAAAAAAUCUGCAACGAGCGCAAAUGACUGCAAACAGCCUUCCCAUGCUUGGCAUUGGCAAGUACAGAGCUGGAUUUUGCGAAUGCAUAAACGAAGUUAUCCGUUUUCUGUCCACUCACGAGGGUGUGGACACUGAAGUGAAGACCCGACUCCUGUCACAUCUGGCCAGCUGCGUUUCACACAUGGACCUUAUUUCGUGUCAUCGCCAGCAUCACCUGCGCGCGCGCACUUCAAAACCAGGAUUCGAGCUACCGCAGCUGAACGCGCCACUUUUUAUUUUGCCAAAAUUACACCAUGGUUUUCGUUUGGUGCCGUCAAGUGAUGGGACUUUCGGUCUUUUGAUACCCAGUUCAUCCAGUAGUAGUGUGACCGGGGGUCAUAACGGUGCGCCUCUGUCUGGCGUGUCCCCAAGCGCGCGAGUAAACGCUCAAGAUUCCCUUUGGAGACCUUGGUAGAGCCUCCCAGAAUCUUUGUACAGCGAUGUAAAUAGUUGCAGCAAAAGCAUGUUUUCCUUUUAAACAUCAGGACUAUAGUUUUUGGUGCCUGAAUUCAGCACGAAUUGUAAUUUAGAACAAGUAGGCAACCGUUCAUUCGUUUUUAUAGAAAUUAUUUUGUCAUGGAAGAUUAUUUUAAUAUUAAAUAUUUGUAUAAUAAAGCUGUAAAUGUUUUUAUUUAUUUUGCAAUGUCCUUAUAAUUUAGCUUAUGUACCAGAUAUGUACCUUUUUAUAUUUGUUUGUUGUGGAUAAAUACAGAUAAGAAACUUUUAGUUUGGUAGUUUGCUAGUCUACUGUAGGCCUAUGUAUGUACAGUAGUACGGCUGUGGUGAGUUUAAAAUGCAUCAAAUGUUUAGAAAAUACAAUAAUACAUGUAGUACUAGGGAAGACACAGAACUACAGAGUUCAAUUGAGGAGAAAGUUUGACCCUUUACAUCAUUUAAGAUUAAUCACGUUCAAUGACGUCGUUUUCUUCGUUAUUCUGUGCAUCAAAUAACAUUGAAUCAAG